CGCGGAGAGGGUCCGUGAAUUGGGGCUCUGGUGGUUAGGGGCUGUGAAAUCAACUUUUAGGUGGUUUUCAAUUAAAGGAUCUUUCGGUUCGGUUGAUUUGGACAGGCUUUGACGAGUGUGCUUGAUUUACAAGCAUCCAGAGCCUAUAACCCUGGUUUUUGACCAGUGCCGAAAGUUUCGUAGCUCAAGAUGGAUGCCAGCGAGGAGCGUGCAGAAGGUCCUGAAGCCCAGAAGUCUGAGGCCUCAGCGUCAGCAGCGACUACUAAUGGGAAAGUCAGUGGUGGCAAGAAGUGGAAGAAGGGCAAGAACCCCGCUGAGCACAAAGGCGCCGACGGGGUCGUGACCAAACAGCAGCGUGCCAACCCAAUGAAGAACCUGAUAGACCUGCAGAAGGCCAUGGAGAUGUUCUCGCCUUCCGGGCCGAGCCAGCACCAGGGCCCGGCCAAGACGUCGGAGGAGGCUAGGCGGAAAAAGUACCAGUUCUGGGAGACGCAGCCUGUGCUGAAGAUAGGGGAAGAGACGACGUCGGGGAAUGAGCCGCUGGAGGCGGACAAGGCCGUGAGCGAGGUGCGCGCCGAGCCCUACUCCCUGCCCGACGGCUUCCAGUGGGACACGCUCGACCUGGACGACCCCGAGCAGCUGAAGGAGCUGUACACGCUGCUGACCAACAACUACGUCGAGGACGACGACAACAUGUUCCGCUUCGACUACUCGCCCACCUUCCUCGAUUGGGCGCUGCGCCCUCCCGGCUGGCAGACCGACUGGCACUGCGGCGUCCGCGUCACCAAGUCCAGGAAGCUGGUCGGCUUCAUCUCCGCCAUCCCGGCCACCAUCCACAUCUACAAGCGGGAGCAGCGUAUGGUCGAGGUCAACUUCCUGUGCGUGCACAAGAAGCUGCGCUCCAAGCGCGUGGCGCCCGUGCUCAUCAAGGAGAUCACGCGGCGGGUCAACAAGACGGGUGUGUUCCAGGCGGUCUACACGGCCGGCGUUGUGCUCCCGAAGCCGGUCGGCACGUGCAGAUACUGGCACCGCUCGCUGAACCCCAAGAAGCUGAUUGAGGUGAAGUUCAGCCAGCUGUCGCGCAACAUGACCAUGCAGCGGACGCUGAAGCUGCACCGGCUGCCGUCCGAGACGGUCACCGACGGCUUCCGCCGGCUCGAGGAGGCCGACGUGCCGCAGACCAUGAAGCUGCUCAACCACUACCUGAGCCAGUUCGACCUGGCGCCGCACUUCGACGAGGCUGAAUUUCGGCACUGGUUCACGCCGCGGCCGACCAUCGUGGACAGCUACGUGGUGGAGAAGGAGGGAGAGAUCACAGACUUCGUCAGCUUCUACAGCCUGCCGUCCACCAUCAUGCACCACGCGACGCACAAGCAGCUGAUGGCGGCCUACUCGUUCUACAACGUCGGCGGCAGCACGCCGCUGCUGCAGCUAAUGCGAGACGCUCUCAUCACAGCUAAAAACGAGGGCUUUGACGUGUUCAACGCCCUGGACCUGAUGGAGAACAAGACGUUCCUGGAGCCGCUGAAGUUCGGCAUCGGCGAUGGCAAUCUGCAGUACUACCUCUAUAAUUGGAAGUGCCCUAGCAUGGAGCCCAAGCAGAUUGGCCUUGUGCUGCAAUAGUUUCCCCGGCGUCUGUUGGUGCUGCCACCUAUCGCCUGAUGGCCGAACCAGCACGCCGGCAGCGCCACCUGUCGCCGGAAACGAACGCCACGUGUGGCCGGCGCGGCCCGUCUCAGCGUGUGCAGACCGUCGGCGCACGCCAUACCCCUGGGGGGCACGGGUCGGCCGGCAUCCGGCAGCAGCCGCUCCAAAGAGCCGGCGCAGGCGUCGCUCGCCCCGCCCGGAGCUAGAGGCCUGCCGUCCGACAGCGCCGGCCGUCUGUUGACUGGUGCGCGGUUUUUGUGUUCUGUACGCAGGGAACUGCGGGUUGGCGCCGCGCGGUGAGGUACUAUUUACCCGUCUGCGUGGUGUGCUUGGCGACUUGUUAUUCUGCGUAUGGACUGGACGGAGGGGCGCGGGGUCGGCGCGCCCGGUGAGGGCGUCCGGGGCGGCGUCGCGUCCGGCUGUGACGCCCCGGGCAGGCGCGGCGCGCAGAUGGCUGGCUUGGGACGCCGCAGAGGCCCAUGGCGUCAGCCGUGGCGCAGUCCGCUUGUGUCGCGGACGGCAUUUCUUGAACAUUCGCUGUGGUGAUCUAGUCUGUACAUUCUGAUAACUGCGCCAUACCAGCGGUCGUGCCCCCCCCCCCCCCCCCUACCCCUGGUAUAUCCUACCAAAAUCCGGUCUCCCAGUCCGGCAGGUCGUGGCUGGGCCACUGCUUAUACGUGCUUUGAAAAAUUGGCAUGGUUUUAUUUUGGUCUCUAAAUCACAGGAACAAGUCCCUUGCCGGUGUUGUGGAUCCACUCGCACAGAGUAUGGUCUGUGAGCUGUUUUAUCAAGUUUUCAGUGGAGAUGCUACGCCAUCUCCAUGUCCCUUUUUGACGUAUAUUCCCACACUCGUGGUGGGAUGCGUCGGCUUGCGAAUUGACCACGCGCUCGCUUCUUCUCGCCCACUGGCCUCCUCGAACUGAGGCUGACAUCUGCGGCCGCGGAGGGGAAGAGGGACGGCUGACGUCACGGGUCGAGAUCGGAGUACCGCGCCAUGGGCGUGCUCUGAUGGCACUCCGGUGCCCACCCGCCGCGAGACACGCCGUCCUCCUCCGUGUGGCAUGUCCGCGCUCGUCCUCGGAAAAGACGGCGCACCCCGCGGCAUGCGAUGGCCCCAGAGUGUCUCGGCCGCCUCGCCACACCCGCCUGCCCUGCCCGCCGCGCCCGACGCCACUGCUUGCGUAUGUAUAUUGUGAGUGCAUUGAGCCGGGGACACUGGCGUUUUGUACAGGCGUGAAUGGUACGAAUACACUCGAGUGCACACA